AUGAAUUAAAAUUAAUCUCAAGUCCCAAUUCUCAAACAUCUAAUUUCAAUUAAAAGAUCAAUUGUCUAAAAUAUUAAAUCAAAAGAGAGAUGUCGAUUUCAUAUGUUAGAAUUGCUUUUGCUUAUUGAGAAUAUAGAAUAGGAAUUUAGAGGAAUUGUGUAUAAUGAAGAAUUUAUUUUAUUUAUAAUGAAAAACUUGACUUAGGUAGAUUCAGAUGAAUUAAUGAUUGAGAUUCUGAGAUAAUCUCUACCUUUUUGGAAUGCCACAAUUUAAAUGAUGUUUUUAAAACAUACAUUGACGAUUCUUCAUGUGAUUAGCAAAACUCAAAAUAUUUAACUUCGAGUGGUCAUUCUAUAAUUUGUAAUGGAUAUUAAUAUUAAAACAUAUGAACCAGCAUUUAGAUUGGCAAUUAAAGAUGGAAUUUUAAAAAUUAUUCUGCAGAUCUUAAAGUCCCCUAAAGAAGUUAAGGAACUUGCUAUGAUUGCUUUGGAUAGUUUUAAAUAUUAAUAUAAAUGAAAUAAUUUGUUAACCCAGUUUUUCAGCCGAUAGAUCAUUCUAUGUCUAUGUCCUAUCGUAGAACAGAAUAUAUACCCAAAAUACCUCAACCAACAAUUGGGCAAGAAUUACCUUGUGAAUUUGAAAAAAUAUUUUCAUCAGAAACAGACAUUUCAUCAAGGCUGAAUGAUAGCAUAUUUUAACCAUUUGAUAAUAGGAAUUUUCACAUUGAAUAAUCCCCUGCUAAUAGAGGAACAACAGAAAGUUAAUAUUAAAAUAAUACAUUAUCUAUUACGCAGGUAGUUGAUUAAAAAAAAUAUAAUUAAGAAAUCAUCAAAUACUCAGAUGAUGAUAGUUUAAUUAAUUCUUCAUUUUUUGGUGUAUUUAAUUAAGAGAUAUUCUAAAAACCAAUAUAGUAAAUGGAUUCUAUUUAUAGAAAGCUUGAUGAACCAACUUAACUUCAUUAAAAUACUAAGAAUGCCUAAACACUUUGUGAUGAGGAAUUAAGAGCUGAAUUAUAAGAUUAAGUUAAAGAUCUUUAUGGCAACAAUAAAUUUAUCACUCCUUUUCAAUUUUAGUAAGUUAAUAAACCAAUACAAGAUAGCUCUAAUUUUAUAACAAAUCUCAAUAACAAUAACAAUAAUAAUAACAAUUAUUCAAACAUAUAAACUUAUGAAAAUAAAAAUUUUAAUAUAGAUUCUUAAUACAAACCAUUUGAUUAAAAUUAUCAGCCGUUAUCCCUAUUAACAUAAUAAAAUUAAUUACCUGUGUAAACUAAAGAACAAACUUAAUACAAUCCUCCUAAUUAUUCUUCACAUAUCAAAACUCAUCAAACUAAUCCUAUAUAACAAAAUACCCCUCCAAAAAGUAGAUUUAUAUCUCUUACGUAUUAAAAAUAAAUAGAAUAAUAGUAAUAAUAAUAAUCACCACCACCAUUCACAGAUGUCAAUCUAAAUUCAAACAACUUUUCUAGAACAGAAAAAUUAAGGGUUAAUAGUCCUGAUCAAUUUGAAACAAUUAAAAUUACUGAAAUUGUCAAUAUUGAAAAUUCUUAGAAUUAAUCAUCAACUUAACCAUCUCCAUCUGUCCCAAUUUUACCAUUAAGACAUUCAAGUUUCGUAAAUAAUAAACCAGAAAUAUUGGGCAAUAACAAAAAUUAAGAUGUUUAUUACUCUUAAAUGGUAUAACCAAUUGGAAAUUAAAAGAUAUUAUAAAGAGCCAUCAUCAAUAGAGCUUAAGAUAAUAAUGAAUAUUAAUUAGAUGCGUAAUUGCAAUAAUACUCAAGAAAAAUUCAAUCCCCAUAAAAAAACAAUACUUUCUAAGAUUAAUAAUUUGAAUUGCAAAGUAAUCGCACUUCUUAAUAAUAGAUUAUCAUUCCUUAACCUCAGAUAUAUACACAUACAGUUUAAUCCCCCUUUAAAUAACCUUAAUCCCCAAUAUUAAUAGCUUAAUAAAAGGAAAGAUUGGAUUAAAAAGAAUUAUUCUUAUAAGCAGAGAAAGCAAUUAAAUUUUAGAGAACAUAACCUAAAGCUAUCUUACCUGAGUGGUAAAAAUAACCAAAUAGAACAGAUAAGUAAGUCUAACGCUCUAACUAAACAAUUUCAAAGAAUAACAGAAAUAAAUAAGAUGAGCUAUAAGUAUUAUGUGUAAUUUGUGAAGAUCUUAUUCCUUUUGAGGAUGUUGAUUCACAUUCCAUUAGAUGUUUGGCUAAAUCUAAAUAAUAAGCCAAGACUUAAAAUGCUCAUACUCUAAUUCUAAACUUGAAUCAGAAAUUGGAAUAACUAAAAUAGAACAUUAUUAUUUAAUCUAAAUAAUUAGGAGAUGAAAUAAUUAAUAGCGAUUAGAUAAUUAAUUGCAUUACUAAAAUAAUUUAAUGUUCUUAUAAUUAUAAGAAACUCAAAUAGUAUAAUGAAUUGUUAGCACAAUAAUACUAAAUAUAUUAAUAAAAUUUUGAUCAAAAACGAUUUAUUAUGAUUCUAACAUUAUAAAGAGUCCUUGCAGUUUCUUAAGAGAAAUAAUUAAAAUUGUAAUUUGUUGAAGAAAGUCAAAAUAAUUAAUUGGAGGAUGAAAGUUUUUUGUAAAAUGAAUUAAGUAGAUUAAAUAAAUAAGUUGAGAUAGAGAAAGCGUAAAAUAAAUAAUAUAAAUUAGUAAUUUAGAAUAAGCCAAAUUAGAAUAAGAGUUAUUUAAGAAAAUAUAAAAAGAAGACUUAGAAAAUAUGAAGUAUUUGAGAGCUUAAUACUUGGAAUAGAAUGUUGAUAAUGAAGUUCUAUCUUAAAUAAACUCUGAAUGGGAUGUUAGAAAUCCUGAAACUAAAACAAAUAGAGUAACGAAUAGUAUAGUGUCUGAUAUAUAAUAUUAACGAGAUUUCGAUGGAAUGGUAAUUCGUAAAGAGGGAAGUAGUCCAACAAUCAUUUAGAAUGAAGUAUCAUUAAUAAAUAUUAUUUAGGAUCAAAAAAAAGCAUUUUAUUAGUUAGCAGUUUAAAUAAAGUUAAACUUACCUCAUAAUCAUCCUGGCAAAAAUUUAUUACUUUAAGAUGCUUAUGAGAAGGCUGUCAGUUUAAAAGUACCUAAGAUAGGAUGGGAGAAAUUUAUUAUAGAAGAAAUUAGAAAUAUUAAAUAAUGAUAGCG